AUGGCUGGCGGGGUGAAGAAACCCGUCAAUAUCUUCAGGCUGAAGAAUUUGGGAGAACCCAAGGAGGUCUUCAACUGGAGACUAUGGUUCGCCGUCUUCUCGUUUGGCCUGCUAGGAGCAGCGCGUGGUGUCGACGAAGGAUUGAUCUCCGGUGCUUUCAACAGCAAAGACUUCCAGAAGACAAUCAACUUUGAUUCGUACAACACCGUGGAUCGAGCCAACAUCAAGGCCAACGUCAGUGCAAUGGUUCAGAUCGGCUCUGUUGGAGGUGCUUUGUUUGCCUUCCUCAUCUGCGACCGUAUUGGUCGUAUCUGGGCCACUCGACAGCUCUGCCUUGUUUGGAUCGUGGGCAUUUCCAUCUUCAUGGGUGCGAAUGGCAAUCUGGGUGCCGUCUAUGCCGGCCGGUUCAUCGCUGGCCUGGGUGUUGGUCAAACACCUGUUGUGGGCCCUGUGUAUAUCGCAGAGAUCGCCCCAGCAUCCGUUCGCGGCCUCUGCACCUGCAUCUUUACGGGCUUCGUCUAUCUCGGUAUUGUCCUGGCCUACUUUACCAAUUAUGGGUGUCAAGUCAAUAUUGGAGAUACUACACAUGCCCGAUGGCAGGUGCCGACGAGUCUUCAUAUCAUCUUCUCCGGCCUCAUCUUUAUCUUGAUGUUCUUCCAAUAUGAGUCGCCGCGCUAUCUGAUCAAGAUGGGCAAGAACGAGCAGGCUCUUACGACCAUGGCUCGUUUGCGCCAGCUUCCCGAGGAUCAUGAGUAUGUGGUGCGAGAGAUUGCUGCGGUUCGGAUGCAGCAUGAGGAAGAGCUCGAGAGCACUAGAGGCAUUGGGUUUAUGGGCAUUCUCAAAGAGACUUUCCUCAUACCCAGCAACCUCUACCGCUUUUACCUUACCUCGAUGGUGCAAUUCCUCAGCCAGUGGUCGGGAGCAGGAUCUAUCACCCUAUAUGCCCCUGAUCUUUUCAGCUUGCUGGGUGUCAAGGGCACAAACGAGUCCUUGCUUAUCAGUGGAGUUUUCGGGAUCGUCAAGCUCUGUGCAGCAAUCAUUUGCUCUCUAUUCCUGGUCGAUGUAAUCGGGAGAAAGCGAUCUCUUCUCAUCGGAAUUACGCUCCAGAGUAUCUCUAUGAUCUAUGUGGCUGGAUUUCUCACAGCGGUUCCUCAUCUGGGCAUAGCCGGCUACACACUCGAACCACAUCUGACAGGGCCAUCCAAGGGUGCCAUCUUCAUGAUCUACGUAUCUGGCUUCGGUUGGGCUCUCGGUUGGAACAGUAUGCAGUACUUAUUGACUGCCGAACUGUUCCCACUCCGAAUCCGAGCCACAAGCACAUCGUUCGCUAUGAUGUUGCACUUUGUCAACCAAUAUGGCAAUGCCAGGGCGGUCCCUAAUAUGCUUCUAGAGACCCAGCACGGUGGUAUCACUCCCAAGGGGACUUUCUGGUGCUUUGCAGCCGUCACGAUACUAGGCGGCAUUUGGGUGUACUUCAGUGUUCCCGAGACCGCGGGCCGAUCGUUGGAGAGCAUCGAUCGUCUUUUCGCUCUGCCCUGGUACAAGAUUGGUCUGCAUGGCAAUGAGGAUGCGGAACGCCGGGAUGCAGCCUACGACGAGAAGGUACAAGGCGAGGGCGAAAGGGCUGCUGUUACCGAGGCUGAGCAAUCAGUUGAAUCCCGGCCUCGGGUUUAG